CUAUUCUUUAAGGGGCACACUCUUAUCUUGAUUCAAAAGAUAUGUUCCCUUUUAGCUACUGCAUGUAUUUUUGACUAUUUGUUCUUGACUAACAUUAUGCAUUAUGAUUUAUAUAUUUCAUUGUGCCUUCAUAACAAAAAGGACUAUUUUUAUCAUAAAAAAACUUGCUUUCCAAUGUUUGCAAGAAUAAACUGUGCUUGACAAAACUCU